AAAAACUACUUCUAAAGACCAAUCCUAAUUUUAUUUUUAAUGACCAUCUUUUUUUCCCCCACAACGUCUAUGUCGAAGAAAAAUUAUAAAAUAAAAUUAUAACUGUUAUUGGAAAACAAAUAUAAAAAUAAAAUAAAUAUCUUACAAUUCUACGACGUGGGGGAAAAUCCUUAUAAUAUCCUAGAAUUGAGAAAUAGGAGCAUUUUUAUUUUUAUUUUUAUUUUUAUUUUUUCCCAAAUGAAUAUUUUCAUGGGCGUACCCACUUUCCAAAAUUUGUUGUUUAUCUUCUUCUUCUUCUUGUUUACCAUUAGUGGAAAGACAGAUGGUGCAGGCCCAGCAGGCCCAGAUGAUGAAUGCAAGCCGAUAAGAUGCAAACACAAUGGACCAGUUAUCAGAUUCCCAUUCCGGCUAAGAGAUCGGCAGCCAACCCACUGUGGCUAUCCGGGCUUUGAGCUUUCCUGCACCGCCGACAAGGAGAACAGUACGGUGUUGGAGCUACCUAGAUCAGUAAAGUUGUUAGUGAAGAAUAUCAACUACAAAAAUCAGCAGAUUCAAGUAUAUGAUCCAAAUAUGUGCUUCCUAAGACAGAUUUUAAACCUCAAUAUUUCUGCUUCUCCGUUCCAAUUUCCAUUCAUCUAUGAAUUGGAGUCUUUCAUCAUCUUCAAUUGUUCGUCUGGUUAUGAUUACUAUUAUGGCCUGAUCUCUUGCUUAAGCAACCAUGACUACAAAAUCAUAGCAAAACCAUAUAAGACUGAAACAUCAUAUUGGGAACUUUCCUCUUGCAAGAAGAUGCUUGACAUUCCGUCGGUUCCUGACUUCAUAAUAUACGAUUAUAAUCAAAAUAUUCCUACUAGUUUAGAAUGGUCCAAGCCAAUGUGCGCAAAGUGUGAAGCGCAAGGCAUGGAAUGUGUUUUGGAUAGAAAUAGCAGCCUAGCAACUCAAACCAAAUGUCUCUACAUUCCCAAGCAUAGUACAUCUGCAGGCAAAUCAAGAAAGCUUGUGAUUACAGGAAUUAUUCUAUGUUCCUUCCUUCUUGUACUAGUCGGCAUUGGAAUCUACAGGCUUCAUAGCACCAAUAAAAUAGAAAAAGAAAAUCGGCAAAAGAUCGAGAAGUUCUUGCAGGAUUACAGGGAUUUGAAGCCCACUAGAUACUCCUACGCUGAUAUUAAGAGGAUAACAAAUCAAUUCAAAGAAAAACUUGGCCAAGGAGGCUAUGGUACUGUCUUCAAAGGAAGAAUUUCCAAUGAUGUCAUUGUAGCCGUUAAGAUCCUCAACAAUUUCAAGGGUCAUGGGGACGAGUUUAUCAAUGAGGUGGGAUCAAUGGGGACAAUCCACCAUGUUAAUGUGGCUCGUUUGGUUGGCUUCUGUGCCGAUGGGGAACAAAGAGCUCUGGUUUAUGAGUUCUUAUCAAAUGGAUCACUAGAGAAAUAUAUAUUCUCUGCUGAUGGCCUGGGGCAGAGGCAGAGCCAUAGUCUUGGUUAUGACAAGCUUCAAGAUAUAGCUCUAGGCAUAGCCAAGGGGAUUGAUUAUCUUCAUCAAGGAUGCGAUCAACGAAUUAUCCAUCUCGAUAUCAAACCCCAUAAUGUCUUGUUAGACCAGAACUUCAUUCCCAAAAUCUCCGAUUUUGGUACGGCAAAGUUGUGUUCUAAGGAACAGAGUGCUGUUUCAAUGACUGCAGCUAGAGGGACCAUGGGUUACAUUGCACCUGAAGUGCUAUCUAGGAAUUUCGGGAAUGUGUCACAUAAAUCCGAUGUUUAUAGUUUUGGGAUGUUGCUGCUUGAAAUUGUUGGAGGAAGGAAGAACAUUGAUGUCAAUGUAGACAACACAAGUCAAGUGUACUAUCCAGAAUGGGUUUAUAAGCAUUUGAAUAAAGAGGAAGACCCUGGAAUGGGAAUUGUAGAAGAAGGACAAUUCAAGAUAAUCAAGAAACUCAUUAUUGUGGGGCUUUGGUGCAUCCAGUGGUACCCAGUUAAUCGUCCUUCAAUGAACAAAGUUGUUCGGAUGUUGGAAGGAGAUGAAAAUGAUUUGGUGAUGCCCCCGAAUCCAUUUGCUUCUGCAGAUUCAUCAAAGCGGAGCUCCACCGCGCUUAAGAGACCAAUGCACUCUGCACUGGAAAUUAUUUCUGAAUCAGAUUGAAUGAACCAUAUGCAGUUAUUUUCUUUUUGUAAAACUUUUAAAAGUAUCAUUAAGUUUUUGAACUUCUUAAGUGUAUCUGUACUGUCCUCGAACACCAAAUACAUGCCGACUCAAUAAUGAGACACAGUGUUUAUAUCAAGUGUUGUUAUUGUCAUCUGUUGUAAUCUUCUGUUACUUGUAGAUAAAUAUGUGUAGACUUGUUAGUCUUAUCUUUUGUAACUUGAGUCCUCUAUAUGUACCAAUUCAGUAUUCGAUACAAGAGUACAGAUUUUCUCAAAUUUUAUCUUUUA